AUGAGGUCUGACACUCUUCUUGACUAUGCCGUGUUGCAGUUGUCUCCGAAGCGUUCAAGAUGUGAGUUGCUUGUUUCGAGUGACGGAAUCACUGAAAAACUAGCAUCAGGAUUAGUAAAGCCAUACUUGAACCAUUUAAAGAUUGCGGAAGAGCAGGCUGCACUUUCCGUGCAGUCAAUCAGACUAGACAUUGAUAGACAGAAAAAUUCCGAGUCGUGGUUUACAAAAGGAACAUUUGAGAGGUUUGUGCGGUAUGUUGGCAUGCCAGAAGUUUUGGAAAUGGUGAACACCUUUGACGCAGAGAUGUCGCAGUUGGAAGCAGCACGGAAAAUAUAUUCUCAGGGGACCGGAGAUCAGCGCAUGGAUUCACAAGGUGGGGAAGGAACAAGAGUCAUCGCAGCGACAGAUGCAACAACGAAGGAACUUCUAAGAGCUAUUGAUGUGAGACUGAGUGCAGUAAGGCAGGACUUAACCACAGCAUACGCCACCGCAUCAGCAUCUGGCUUUAACCCUCACACUGUCUCUCAUCUCAAACAUUUCGCACUUCAUUUUCGUUCUCAUCGCUUGAAUGAAGCGUGUACCAAGUAUAUGUCUGUGUACGAAAGAAGACCGGACAUAAUUAUCCAACGCGAACUGCCACGUGGCGAUGAGAGGGACCUUCGCUCAUCGGUUAACUCCGACAUGUCCAUUGAUAACGACGACGAUCAGGCCCAAGCCCAAAAUGAGGCCCAAGAACAAAACAAGGCCUCCACGUGGCAAGCACCCAAGGCGUUUACAACUCCCACAUCGCUGAGACGUAACAACGACACCAACAGCAAAGUUAUAAUAAUAAACCAGAAAGACGAAGCGAAAGACAACAACGACGGCGGCAACAGUAAAGAAGAGACCGAGUCAUCGUCGCCGGCCCCAUCGCCGACUCAGUUGCCGUCUUCUCCAACACCGGCUCCAACGGGACGGCGGCUCAGUGUUCAAGACAGAAUCAAUUUGUUCGAGAAGAAACAAAAAGAGAAUACAACCGGAAAACCGGUGGAGCUUCGGAGAAUGUCCUCCGAUAUUUUGCGACGGUGGAGUGGAAGCAGUGAUAUGAGCAUUGACGUCAGCAUCGAGAAAAAACUUUCCGAGAACCCUUCUUCUACAGAAAAUAAGUCUAUUGCUAGUGCUACAACCUUCAUAGAUAACAAUAAUAAUAAUAAUAAUAAUAAUCAUAAUAAUAAUAAUAAUAAUAAUUCGGACAAGGUUGUGAAAACUGAACAAGGGUCUUCUCAGGAGAGUUGUGACGUUUCGGUUUUUGAUGAAGAGAGAAGUGGAGGAGUAGGGUUCAAAGAUCAAGCGGGUGUUUCUGGGACGCAAGUGAAAGCUUCAUCUGAUAGGUACGAGGUUACUGUUGAUGAUAAUAAAGACGUUGAUGAUGUUAAGUUUCAUGGUGGUGUGAAAAGUAAUGUGGUUCCCACGUCACUGAGUAGGGUCCAACGUAGUCAUUCUAGGUCUCUUUCAGCUCAGUUUGAAGGUGGUGGUGGUGUUGGAAUCAAAUCAAGAGAAUCUUCUACUUCUUCUCAUUCUUCUGUUGUUUUAAAUGGUGUUACUCAAUCUACAACUCAGCCUCAGUUGAGAUCUUUUGCUGUAGAUACUGAGGAUUUGAAGAAUUCUCAGGUUAAGGAAGAGGAUUCUCAAGUCAUGAAAACUAAGUAUCAGAAGCCUCUACCUUUGAGUUCGGAGCAAACCGGGAUGUCACGGAGUAAAAGGGAUGAAAUUCGGCGUGCUAAUGAUAAUGAAAGUACUAAGUUGAACCAUCCUGGUAAAAAGAAUGUUAUGGAGAGUCAGGAUAGUGCCCGUGUAACCGCCGUGCCUUUGGAGCAGAAUCAGAGAGUAAGGCAGUCUAAAGGUAAUCAGGAGAUGCAUGAUGAGCUGAAACUGAAGGCUGAUGAGCUUGAAAAGCUUUUUGCUGAGCAUAAACUGAGGGGAGACCAAUCUGGUACUGCACGGAGAAUCGAGCCUGCUGAGGCACGUGUUGAACAGGCUGUUACCUCGCAGUCUAGAAGACCUACAGCGGGGGAUUCAACUCCUCAGCCGCCUUCUAGAAGCAGUGUGCCUGAACCAGCUACGAGCUCUGGUGUUAAGACGCUUACAAAGUCGGUGGAUAGUCAGAAUUAUGGAGAUGAGUCUAGAGGGAAGUUUUAUGAAAAGUACAUGAAGAAGAGGAAUGCUAAACUUCAGGAGGAAUGGAGUGUGAACAGAUCAGAGAAGGAAGCUCGGAUGAGGGCCAUGCAGGAUAGUCUUGACCGGAGUAAGGCUGAGAUGAAAGCCAAGUUUUCAGGGUCUAUAAGCCGACAAAAUUCAGCAGGAGGUUCUCAACGCGCCGAGAAACUUGGAUACAACAAACCAAGUAUUAAGAGAGACCAGCAUCCUAUAGAUUCCUUUCAGAAUGAAGAGGAUGAAGAUCUUUCUGAAUUUUCGGAAGAAAAGAUAUAUGGUGCUUCAAAGCAAAGUAGGAAAAAUGUUCCCAAUAGGAAUGUCUCUUCAGGCACACCUCGCACAACAGCAGUGUCCGUGUCACGUUCAUCUGGAAGACGGAAAGACAAUCCUCUUGCUCAAUCUGUUCCCAACUUCUCCGAUUUAAGAAAAGAAAAUACAAAGCCUUCUUCUGGAGUCAGUAAACCAACCCGCUCUCAGUUGAGAAACUUUCCUCGUAGCAAAAGCACUAAUGAAGAUGAGCAAGGUAUCAAGGAAGAGAAGCUAAGACAAAGUCUGUCUUUACGGAAGAGCUCUGCCAACCCUGCAGAGUUUAAGGACGUGUCCUCUUUGAACUCAGAUGGGAUUGUUUUGACUCCAUUGAAGUUUGAUUUGGAUGAGGCUGAUCUGGGUCCCUACGAUCAAUCAUCCAGGUCUUUCCUUAAAAAGGGUAGUACCGCAGGCCCUGGUUUUGUAGGCAGUGCCAUGAGAAUGAAAGCUUCAAUGACAUCUGAUACUGAGAAAAAUAAAGAAUUUAAUGACCUAGAAUUUGAUAUGGAAGAUUCAUUCCAUUCGGCCAUAGAAGAAGAGGAUGAAAUUGGAAGCGUGGCUAUUGAAGAUAGUGCUUAUAAUAAUAACGGGAAGAUUAGUCCGAGUCAGGAAUCUGGUAAUUCUGGGUCUGAAAUUGGUGAUUCUACAAGAUCUCUUGCUCAAGUAGAUCCUAUUUUAGGGGGUGAAAUGCCUAAUGCAUAUCAAUCAACUUUCAACGGUGUAGGAUCGCUGCAGGACUCUCCAGUUGGAAGUCCUGUAUCCUGGAACUCACGUGUGCCUCAUCCUUUUUCUUACACACACGAGUCUUCUGACAUUGAUGCUUCUAUAGAUUCUCCAAUUGGAAGCCCUGCUUGGAAUUCUCGUUCCCUUAUCCAGGGUGAAAAUGACGCCGCUCGAAUGAGGAAAAAAUGGGGUAGUGCUCAAAAACCUUAUCUUGCUAAUUCGUCCCAAAAUCAACCCCGCAAAGAUGUCACGAAAGGCUUUAAGCGAUUGCUUAAGUUUGGGAGAAAAACUCGCGGGUCAGAGACUUUGGCUGAUUGGAUCUCUGCUACAACUUCUGAAGGAGAUGAUGAUAUGGAAGAUGGCCGAGAUCUAGCCAACCGGUCCUCAGAAGACUUGAGGAAAUCGAGAAUGGGAUUCUCUCACGGCCAUCCUUCUGAUGACAGCUUCAAUGAAAGUGAGCUGUUCAACGAACAGGUUCAAUCCUUACAAAGCUCUAUUCCUGCACCUCCAGCCCAUUUUAAACUGAGGGAUGAUCAUAUAUCAGGAAGUUCAUUAAAAGCUCCCAAAUCAUUCUUUUCGCUCUCAACUUUCCGAAGCAAGGGAAGUGACUCGAAACCUAGAUGA